GUGAGCGCACGGUCCCUUCAGCCACUCGCCAUGGCGAACAGCAGAUUCCAGUACGUCAAGAAGUUUGAGCUUUCGGACGCGUUGCUGCCCGACACCUACCUGGUCGCCCGGCUGGACGGACACAGGUUCACGAAGUUCACUGCAGAGCAUGGGUUUACCAAGCCCAACGACGAGCGAGGGCUACUGCUGAUGACCGAACCGACGAGAAUGCGAGCCAUUGAUCUGCGUACGUUUGGCCCGUUACUCGUUGCUUUCGUAUCGGUGCAGUGUGCGCGGCAGGUAAUGAGCGAGUGGUCGGACUUGGUGAUGGCGUUCGGGCAGAGCGAUGAGUUCAGCUUCCUUCUCCCGGCUUCGAGUCCACUGUAUGGGAGGCGAUCGGCGAAGCUGUCCACUUCCUUUGUGUCUCUCUUCUCCUCCAGCUUCGUCUUCUUCUGGCCGAAACACUUCCCAGACACUCCCCUGCUGUACCCACCCAACUUCGACGCCAGGAUAAUCUCUUACCCCUCCGCCCAGGCAAGCACCCCCGUAGUCAUGCUUCGCGUCUUUUUGUGGCACAACCACUACUUCCCCCUUCCGCUCGUCCACAGUGGAUUUAAGGGCGUCGAUGGUGUCAUCAACGACAAAGUCCUCGGCGUGAAGGUCGCCCUCCGUCGUUUGGAAGCUGACGAACGGUCCGUCAACCCCUCAAGGGCGGAGGGCGACCUUCGCGCGAAGGAUAUUGUCGUUGACGACACCAUUGACGCCCUGAAGACCACCGUGGACGAGGAGAAGGGGGCCGCCGAGCACGUCCGGGAUUACUUUUCGUGGAGGCAAGCGGACUGCCACAUCAAUAACCUGUACAACACCUGUUUCUGGGCACUUGUCGCCGAUGGGGUGUCCAAGCAGGACGCCCAGGUAGCCCUCAAGGGCACCACCUCCGGCGACAAGAACGAGCUCCUCUUCUCGAGGUUCGACACCAACUACAACGAAAUCCCCCAGCGCUUCCGAAAGGGCACCACGCUGUUUCGUGCCCGACCAACAGCGGUGGCGGCGCCACCGAUGCCGCCGCCUCCUGAAAAAUCAUCGCGGCAGCCAUCGCGACAAGACGGCGCAGCUGCGGUGGACGGAAGCGGCGACAAGGGUGGACGUGGACCACCGGUAGAAGGUGGCCCCGUUUCGGCGACGGCCACUGGUGGGGAAACCCCAAUGGCGGGGCAGCAGGCCGGAGAGACAGGCGUAGAGGCACCAACGCUUGCCGCGCAAGAAACCAACAACCGAGUGGAGAACAACAUCGGAGUAGAGACAAUCCCCGAUUCUCGUCGUUCGGGCGAUGGAAAACCCGAAGCGGGGACAGAGGGCGGGGAUGCGCAAGCCGGGGUAGCAGCGUCUGGCGCUGCAACCGGGAAGGGGCUGAGCGAUAAGGGACCACACGGGAGAGGCAAGGGGGGUGCCAGCGAGAAGGCGGGGGGCACGCCACGGGGCGACGCUGUUGUAAAGGUGGUUUCAUGCUCGGACGGGAAGGGCAGAGCCAAGCGGCUCUUGAAGAAGGGGCACGCGCCUCCCGGAGCCAUCGAGGAGGACGCGUGCGACCUUAUUCGGGACGAUUUCUGGGACAGAAACCCGCACAUUUUGGCCGCGGGUACAAUGAGACGGUGACGACAGCAGAGUGUGGUCGUGAC